AUGGAGUUUAGGAUUCCGAAAAAUCUAGAUGACCUCGAGCAGAAUGUCGACGAGUCCUCAGGGUGUCUCCAUGUCACGGAUGUAGCAGAAGCGGCGAUCGAGCCCAACCUCGUCAGAGAAAUCUCCCGUGAGCUCGGGGAGAAGGAUCUCUUUUGUGUGCAGGAGCAAGAGACAUUCAACAAACUAUACUCGGCUGUCAAGUGCUUUGACCAGCUGGAUGCCUCGUCCAAGGACCUUCUUAUUGACUCCUUGGCAACGAAUCUUAGCUGCCUCGUUCCAUCCAUCGCAUCAUUCCUCGCGUCGUCUUCCGGCAACUCCUCCACGUCAGCGGCUGAUGCUGACGUGUCCACCUCAGGGCCGUCCAUCAGAUCCUACAAAAAUUGCAUCAAGAUUUACAGUUACUUUCUCGCAUGUAUCGUCAAGCACGCAGCUCUCGCCAAGGCGACGGAUAAUGCCGACCGCCCUGCUCAAAAGGGGGGUCGUCAAUCGCGGAGGAAGGCGGUGGUAUCGCACUCGUGGGAGUGGCAGCGCCAGAUGCCCAAGGUGCUCAAGGCGCUCGCUACAGCCACAUCCGUUAAGCUCGCCUCUCUCUACCACGGCUCCGCGCCGGAGGAGAGCCUUAUGGAAGCUUACUGCAGUCUGGCGUUCACGCUCUUUGAAGAUGCCGAAUUGCUCAAGAACGGGGAUGUGCGCGCGCCGCUCGUGCAGAUCGUGGCGCAGUGCGCCGUGAAACAGGGGUACUUGGUGCAGGUGGUAUCUGGCCUGCUGCAUCUGCUGCACCACCAGAAGCACUCCCCCGAUAUAGUCACGGACGUAGUGGUGUACGCGGAUGAGCAGCUGGGGCAGGCGAGCCUGGCGGCGGCGGUUCUGCAGGACGUGGGGAGGACGGGGCUGAAGGAGUAUAGCCGCGCGAACAGCGGCGUGCACGAGGACAUGGGGAGGACGGGGCUGAAGCAGUGCAGCCGCGCGAAUAGCGGCGUGCACGAGGUGGCGGAGUUCCUCGUCGCCCUCUCCAACAAGCAGCCUCGCCUGCUCGCCGCCUCCCUGCCGCUGCUAGUGCCGCACCUCGAGCACGGGGAGUCCGCCGUGCUCCGCUGCGCCAUCGUCACCGCCAUCAGCCGCCUCCUUGCGCGCCUCUACUCCGCCGACGCUGGCGCAGCGCCUGGCGGAGCGGGGUCCGCGGAAGGAGACGGGGGCGCGGUGGAGGAAGCGGAAGGGGACGAGGACGGGGAGGGCGGAAGGGAUUCCGCGGGUGGCGCGGAGGAGGAAGGCCCCGCGGCGAGGGGCGCGAUGCGCGCGCGGUUGCAGCGGCUGCGGAGCAAGCAGGGGCUACUGGCGGUGCUGAUGGAGCGCGCGCGCGACCAGUCCGCGCACGUGCGCAGCCGCGUGAUGCAGGCGUGGGCGUGGCUGUGCGGGGAGAAGGCGGUGCCUCUGGGGCACUGGAACGCGGUGGCAGAGCUGGCGGUGGGACGGCUGGAGGACAAGUCGUCGCUUGUGCGGAAGAACGCCCUGCAGCUGUGCAUGGGUGUGUUGGCCUUCCGCCCUUCGACCCCCACUCUUCCAAGGGCCCCCUUUGAGGUCACCGUGGUGUAUGCUCGUGCCGCUCAUGAUAGUCAUGCCCUUUCCACCAUUGUCCAACACUCCCAACCCCUCUCAACAGCUCCUGGGGGAGAUACUUCAUCAGAACCCGUUCGGCCCGAGUUUGCGAGUGGCCCCCUUCGAGGUCACCCUGGAGAAGGCUCGUGUCACUCAUGGUCCCACACACUCUCUCCACCACUCCCAACCCCUCUCAACAGCUCUUGGGCGAGAUGCUUCACCAGAACCCGAAAUGACGGGGCAGCAGCAGCGGGUGCAGCAGUGGAAGUGGGGAUGGUGGGGGAAUCCGGAGGAGUGGGUGAUGAUAGCUGGGUGGACUCCCAGGCCACCCAGGGGGACGGGGAGGGGGAGGGAAGCAAAGCAGGAGGCGCUGCUGGUGCUGCUACUGCAGAGAGACUUCCAGACGAAUCUGCUGGGGCAACAGGCGCGGCAGGAGCAACAGGUGCGGCAGGUGCAGCAGGUGCAGCAGGGAAGGCGGUGCUGGGGCGGUCGUUCGGGGUGGAGCAGACGCGCACGCUGGUGGCGUCGCUGAGCGCGGGGCUGCAGUUCUGCCGCCUGCUGGCGGCCGUCACGGGCGCGCUGGCGGCGCUGCUGGGGUCGAGCGCUGUGUCGGACGUGGAGGGCGCGAUUCUGCAGCUCACGGCGCUGCAGCACUUCCGCGUGGAUGGGGCCAGCGAGAGGCUCAAGAAGAUCCUGCCUCUGGUGAGAUAUGAGCGUAGCGAAAGCGCCGUGUGGGACGUGGAGGGCGCGAUCCUGCUGCUUGCGCUGCAGCACUUCCGCGUGGAUGGGGCGAGCGAGAGGCUCAAGAAGAUCCUGCCUCUGGUAUUCUCGCACGACCCAGCAGUGCGAGCAGCGGUGGAGGCAGCGGUGCUGGAGCUGCACGUGAAGGGGCGGUCAGCGCAGAAGGCAGCGCGCAGCCUCGUGGCUCUCACGCACGGCGCCUCUUCUGGCGACCUGGCGGCACUGGAAGUGCUGGUGGGCACGUUCGUGCACAACGGAGACGUCACCAUGCAGAUGGUGAGUGAGACGAGCGGAUGCACUUGUGAAUUUCUUCAAAGCUCAGGCUAUCCAUGCUCUUUUGAGGAGCCAAGAGACUCUUCUGGCGACCUGGUGGCGCUGGAGGUGCUGGUGGGCACGUUCGUGGACAAUGGAGAUGUCACCAUGCAGAUGUCAUCCCUGCCCAUAUUUUUCCAAACCCUUCAAAUUCUUCUCUCUUUCCUCCUCUCCCCUCUCACCCAUACCCUCCACCAGGUGACCAUCCUUUGGGACAUAUUCACUUUUAACCUGCCAGGAGCCACGUCAGCAGAGAGCACUGGCGCGCUCAUCCUCCUCUCCAUGGCCGCAAAAACCCGCCCGGAAAUCCUCAACCACCAUUUGAGCGCGCUUCUAGCCAUAGGCCUAGGCAGGCGCGCUCAGAGCGACCCCCUGCUCGCUCUCUACACCUGCAUCGCGCUGCAAAGGGUUUCUGAGGAGGUUAGGGAGGCGAUGGGGGCGGGGCACCGGGUAUUCGCGCUGCUCGAGGGGGUUAUUUCGGGUAGUUCGCUGGAGUUACCUGAAAAGGCGAGGUACGGGGUGAUGGAGCAGGCGGCUGCCCUAGAGCACCUGGUCCACGUGGAACGACUCGUGCGCCGCAUCCGGGCAGCCCGGGCAGCGAAGGAAAAAGCCGCGGCUGAGGCAGCAGCUGAAGCCGUGGAGGCCAGCCUGACCGGGAAAAAAACAAAGACAGGCAGGAAGAGCACAGGCCGGAAGAGUAGAGUCUCUGCAGCAGGGAAGAGGAGAAGCGUCGCUGCCACCCGUGCUGCGUAUGAGUACGAGAGUGACGAGGAGGAGGUGGGCGUGGAGGGUGUGGAUGUGAGGGAGGAGGAAGAGGAGCAUUCGGGUGACGGAGGGGAGAGCGGGGGAACGGAGGAUAAAAUGGGGGAGGAGCUGGGGACGGCAGUGACAGCAGAGGCGCAGCUAGAGGCGCUGCAGGAGCAGGUGGAGGGGGAGAUCGUGGCCAUGGAAAAGGGGCUGGAGAGGAGGCGGGGCGACGGGAGGGAGUUCCUGGUGGGGCGGGUAGCGUGGUUUGUCUCGGCGCUGUGCCGGCGGCCUCAGGCCUUUGCAGCGAGUCAGGGCGUGUAUGUGUGUGCUGUGCUGUCGCUGUCCAAGCUCAUGGCCAUCGACAGCCACUUCUGCGAGUCCCACCUGCAGCUACUCUUCACACUCCUCCGCACCCAUCCGCACCCCUCUGUGCGCGCCAACGCCAUGGUGGCCCUGGGCGACCUCGCUCUGCGCUGCCCCAACCUGCUGCAGCCGUGGACGCCCCACGCGUACACCGCUCUCAGUGAUGGGGACGCGUUCGUGAGGCGUCAGGCGCUCUUAGUGCUCUCGCACCUCAUCCUCAACGACAUGAUGAAGGUGGGUCAUUAUUGUGAUGAUGGUUGGACUUCACAACAGUGA